UCGGCGUUAACGAACGUUUCGUCGAAAUCACGGAGAGGUAAGAGAAAAUAUUCAAAGGAGAAUAACAGUAGCAGUAGCGGAUCCGUUAAUAGUAACGGUAACAGCAGACGACAGAGAAACGAAGAGACGAAGAACGGAUCUGGUGUCGGUGGAGAGAUCGUGACGUUGCCUCUUCUCCCGGAGACUCCUGAGAAGAAAGAGUCGCCGUUGAAGGCUGUGGCGGUGCCGGAGCUAGGUGCGGCGUCGUUGUGGCUUAACUCUAACAGACGUUAUCAGACGGAGUUAAUGACGGAAACGGUUGUGUCGUCGGUGUUGACGGUGGAGUGUGUAACGGAGAGAUUGAUGGAGGGAGAGUAUGAGUUAGGGUGUACGGACGAUGAGAUUAAGAUGAAUUUAGAGAGAGACACGUGUCCCGGUUUUAUAUCGGACGGUUUAGGGAGAGUCAUUUGGACGAACCGGUCGUACCGGGAAUUGGUGGUUGGGAAAGAUCAUGAGCAGUGUGGUAAGAUGAGUGUGUGGUUAGUGAUGAAGGAGAUGCCUUUGGUAACGUACCGGACUUUUACGUGUAGAAUGAGAUUGCAGUACACGUGUCGUGAUAAGGAGGUGAGUUCGAUUACUUCGUUCUGUGAUGUUUGGAGGAUGAGUGACGGUGGCUUUGCUUGGCGGCUUGAUGUUGAUGCUGCUCUUUGUCUCGGACGGUGAGGUUUUGGGCCGGUGGAUUAGAGAUGAUGUUAGAUUGAUGACAUGAUGAUAUUUAAUA